AUGGCCUACCGCACGCCCUACGUGACCCCGCACAUUCUCCACAAGAACUAUGCUCAGGCUUUCGAUGCCGAGCCGUCCAAGCUGGUCGGCCGUGACUUGGAGUACUUCUCCCAGGCCGGUUUCGACAUGGACCGGAUUCAGAUCAAGCGCAACGCGCCCGUUGCUCAGCUCUACGAAGAUGCCAUCCGAAAUGAGGGUGCCGUCAUCUCCGCGAGCGGUUCGCUGAUCAACUUCUCGGGCAAGAAGACGGGGCGCAGCCCAAAGGACAAGCGAAUCGUGUACGAGGAGACGAGCAAGGACGAUAUUUGGUGGGGGAGCGUCAACAUCAUGAUGGACGAGCACACGUUCGAGAUCAACCGUGAGCGCGCCAUCGACUACCUCAACACCCGGGACAACGUCUACGUCUUUGACGGGUACGCGGGUUGGGAUCCGAAGUACCGCAUCAAGGUCCGUGUCAUCUGCGCGCGGGCUUACCACGCUUUGUUCAUGAACAACAUGCUCAUCCGCCCGACGGAGGAAGAGUUGUUGGAAUUCGGCGAGCCGGACUUCAUCAUCUACAACGCGGGCCAGUUCCCGGCGAACCGCUUCACGAAGGGUAUGAGCAGCACCACGUCUGUCGAGAUCAACUUCAAGCGUAUGGAGAUGGUCAUCCUCGGCACCGAGUAUGCGGGUGAGAUGAAGAAGGGUGUCUUCUCUGUCAUGCACUACCUCCAACCGGUCAAGUUCGGCCAGCUCUCGCUGCACUCGUCUGCCAACGUCGGCAUCGAGAACAACGAUACGACGCUUUCCGCCGACCCGCGCCGGAAGCUGAUCGGCGACGACGAGCACGUCUGGUCGGACGAUGGCGUGUUCAACAUCGAGGGCGGGUGCUACGCGAAGUGCGUCAACCUCUCCGCGGAGAAGGAGCCCGAGAUCUACAACGCGGUGCGCUUCGGGAGCAUCCUCGAGAACGUCGUGUACAACCCGAUCUCGCGCGUGCCCGACUACGACGACGUCAGCAUCACGGAGAACACGCGCUGCGCGUACCCGAUCGAGUUCAUCCCGAACGCGCAGAUCCCGUGCAUGGUCAACCGCCAGCCGAGCAACAUCAUCAUGCUCACCUGCGAUGCGUUCGGUGUCCUCCCACCCGUGAGCAAGCUCUCGCCCGAGCAGGCGAGCUACCAUUUCCUCGCGGGCUACACUUCGAAAACCCCGGACGGAGGACGGCGUCCUCGAGCCAUCCCGACCUUCUCGACGUGCUACUCCGCGCCGUUUAUCAUGCUCGCGGAGCGCAUGUCGAAGAAUAACGUCGACUGCUGGCUGAUCAACACGGGCUGGACGGGCGGCAAGUACGGGACGGGCAAGCGCUGCCCGCUCAAGUACACGCGCAUGAUCGUCGACGCGGUGCACUCGGGCGAGCUCGCCAAGGCGGAGUACGAGACGUUCGGGACGUUCGGCCUCCAGGUCCCCACCCACAUCGAGGGCGUGCCGCGCGAGCUGCUGAACCCCCGCUUGGCGUGGACGGACAAGGAGGCGUUUGAGAGGGAGGUGAGGAAGCUGGCGGGGAUGUUCCAGAAGGCGUUCGCGCUGUAUGAGCAGGACGUGGAGGAGAAGGUCAGGCUUGCGGGCCCGCAGGUGGCGUGA